CUUUGCAUGCCAUCCAGAUCCUCAGACAGAUAUGAGUGGUGGAGAAAUAACUGCUAAUAACAGUUUCUUGCGAACUCCAUCAAACUGCUCUGCUACUAUACUUCCAUGGCGAGCUUCAGCUUCACCACCAGAAUCAGAACCCCUACGCUUCAAUCUCACAAACCCAUCUCCAAGUUCAUCUCUGGCACUAAACCCAUCAAAAUCCCGUGUAAUCUCUCCACCAAUCCUUCAAAAAACCGACCAAAGUUGCUCUGUCUUCGUGCAAAUUCUGUGUCAUCAGAAAGCUCAGUUUCAACAACACAAGAUCAAGUAGACGAAGCAAUUGAUGAAGAAGACGAUGACCCAACUGCUGAAAUGAGCUAUCUUGACCCGGAAACCGACCCGGAGAGCAUUUCGGAGUGGGAGCUCGAUUUCUGCUCCAGACCCAUUUUGGAUAUCAGGGGAAAGAAGGUUUGGGAACUUGUAGUUUGUGAUGAAUCUCUUUCUCUGCAGCACACCAAGUACUUCCCCAACAAUGUCAUCAAUAGCAUUACUUUGAAGGAUGCUAUUGUGACCGUUAGUGAAGAAUUAGGGGUCCCUCUCCCAGAUAAAAUCCGCUAUUUCCGGUCACAGAUGCAGACAAUUAUAACAAAAGCGUGCAACGAGCUUGGUAUAAAACCCAUUCCCAGUAAACGGUGUCUCUCGUUACUUUUAUGGUUGGAAGAACGCUACGAGACUGUAUACACACGCCAUCCUGGUUUCCAGAAAGGAUCUAAGCCACUCCUUGCAGUAGAUAACCCAUUCCCAAUGGAACUUCCAGAAAAUCUUGUUGGGGAGAAAUGGGCCUUUGUCCAAUUGCCCUUUUCAGCUGUUCAAGAGGAAAUCUCAUCCUUGGACUCAAACCUCGUGUUUGGUGCGAGUCUAGAUUUGGAUUUGUUGGGGAUUGAAAUUGAUGACAAGACAUUGAUUCCAGGAUUGGCUGUUGCAUCUUCACGCGCUAAACCUCUAGCAGCUUGGAUGAAUGGGUUGGAAGUUUGUUCAAUUGAAGCCGAUUUGUCACGGGCUCGCUUGAUUCUUUCUGUUGGAAUUUCUGGGCGAUAUAUUUAUGCUACCUACAACAAAACUCCUGAAACAACAAGUGAAGCUGAAGCUUGGGAAGCAGCAAAGAAGGAAUGUGGAGGUUUGCACUUCCUUGCAAUCCAGGGGGACUUGGAUUCGGAUGAUUGUGUUGGAUUUUGGCUUCUACUAGACUUGCCACCUCCACCCGUAUAGAGUAUCACAUAUGCAUCAUUCUAUUUCUAAGAAAAGCUGAAAACGGGAAAUCAAGCUUCAUUAUUCGGGGUCUGUAUGUUGCGGUGGGUCUGAGGUUCGGGGUUCGACGUGUCGUGCAAACUUGGGUUCGGGGUUUCAAUCUGAUUUCCAGCAUCUGAACCACGGCUUCUUAAAUUUAAUUCAAUGUAUGAUGUUGACCCCUCAAAAGUUAUGAAAAAAAGCUCAAAACAAAACAUGGAUUUGGUAAGGGUGUGGAGCUGCAGCUUUUAGGCGAUGGGGUUGGUGUUGUUGCGGGAGGGAUGAAGGUGCUGGGGGAUGGUGGUCAGCGGAGAGUAGGGUCUGAGGGUAGAGAGAGAAGAGAGGGUUGUUUUAGCAUAGAGUUACCUGAAAUUGAUUAAAAAAGAGUCAAAAAGCUGCUUUUGAUUCAUGUAGUUUACCACUUUCACUAUUUUGUUUCCGUCGUUUUAAUUUGGUUAAUUUCAAUUUGGUCAAUUUCGCGUUUCAAUUCCAAGAAUCCUCAAUUAUGUCAAAUUUUUUUGGUCCCUCCAUCAACCCCACCCCACCCUCCCUCUGCACCAGAUCUCAACGUGAGUCGGCGAUGACGAAGACGAUCCGUCCGUUAUUUGAGUGGGUGUCGCACAGUCAGACUUCGGGAGCGGGAACAUAACUAGAAGCGCGAGCGCCCAAGACAACGAUGCGGUGCCCAGUGACACCGAGGGCGACGAUCCAAUGCCUGUCACGAUUAAGGCUCCAUGGCCAGAUGAAAUCUCCGCGGAGGCUUUGUAGUAGAGGGAUGAGAUUCCGAAGCAAUUAGACGAGGUGGUGAAGAAGAGAGACGGUUUGAGGUCUGUGAGGACUCG